AUGGAGCGCUCGGCUUUUCUUUUGUGUGAGGAGCACCCACGACGCCCCGACCAUGGGCGCAGGGGCAGAGGCGAAGGUCGUCGCUCCGUCCGCUACCCCGUCCCCCAGCCGCAGGCGCCGAGGAGCCGGAAGAGAGGCGGAAAGGGCAGCAGGCUCCUUACCCAGACCAGCGAGGGGAGGUCAGCUCGUCGCGGGGUGUGGCUCCCGUCCGGGGACCCCCGAGCUCAUUACGGGUGGCCGUGUGUAGCCAAGUUCAAGCUCUCCCUCCGGGAAUGCCUGCCGCGGCGGCGGAACACGGCUUCUUCAGGACAUUCAGCAAAGCGGGGAGGCGGGGACCUGCGGGCGGAGGAGCGACGCCCCAGCUGGGAACGCGGCGGACGGGCGAGCGGGGGGUGUGCCCUGGGCGCGCCAGGCCGCGGAGGCUCCGGGGAAAGUUCUCUUGGCCGCGCGAGUGGUGGCGCCCCGGGCGGGAGCAGCCCAGGUGCAUGUGGGCCCGGUCCAGGCGUCUGCAAAAAGCCCUGGAACGAAGCGGACCCCCCAGUCCAGCGCUGGCCGCGGCAGGGGAGCCCCUUCUGGGCGGGGUAUCAGCUGGGGGCGGAGGGCGGGGCAGAGACCGUGGUCCCAGCGGCGAGGUGCCGGCGAGUCCACGCUGCCAAGCCGCACGCUGCGCCCAAGCCGCGGGGCAGUCUAGCGCUCGCUGCUUCCCGAGAGAAGCUCGCCUUCCCCCGAGAGACCUGGAGGCUGAGUGGGGAGAAGAGGACGCGGUGCUGCUCGGACCCCACCGUUCGGCGGUCCCAAUCCCACGCCCUCCGCGCGGUCGGCCGCGUCCAGGACUAAGGGGCACAAUAGCUCUGAAGCUGCAGUGACCCCUGGUGGGUCCCGAUGUCCGUGCACAGGCAGCCGAGGUUGAGCUGCGGACGACACUGAGCCCCGCUGGGCUUCGGAGCAGGUGCAAUCUGUGCUCUCCAGCUGGGAACCAGCAGCGAGUUAAUGCGAGUCGCAGUUAGGGGAGACACGAGGGGAGGUGUCACAGAAAAAAAACUGUAUAUUGAGUUUUAGAGUUAGAGCUUUGGCAUCAGACGUAGUUUUGAGUUGACUAUUCUACUGCUUGUUAGCUGGGUAGCCAAAGCUCAAAAAAAUUGUGUAAAACCUAGGACGUUAGCCCUUAAAACAAAACCAGGCUUCCGUAGCACAGUAGAAAUGAAAUGAACAAUUGGCGACUUUUGAUGGAGUUUCCUCUCAUAGUGAUUUGCCACAAAGGACCUUCUGUAGGAAGCCUCGGCCUUCCCUGCUAUUGUGACCCCAUCCAAACACAGGAUCAGCAUAACCGCCAAAGUGCAAUAUAAAUUUCUGAACUUUACCUAGGCUAUGAAUAAAACUAUUUUAUCUUCUGAA